CGUACCAACCGGGUGCGGCCGGCACAGCGAACCAACCGGGUGCGGCCGGCACAGCGUACCAACCGGGUGCGGCCGGCACAGCGAACCAACCGGGUGCGGCCGGCACAGCGUACCAACCGGGUGCGGCCGGCACAGCGAACCAACCGGGUGCGGCCGGCACAGCGAACCAACCGGGUGCGGCCGGCACAGCGUACCAACCGGGUGCGGCCGGCACAGCGAACCAACCGGGUGCGGCCGGCACAGCGUACCAACCGGGUGCGGCCGGCACAGCGUACCAACCGGGUGCGGCCGGCACAGCGUACCAACCGGGUGCGGCCGGCACAGCGUACCAACCGGGUGCGGCCGGCACAGCGUACCAACCGGGUGCGGCCGGCACAGCGUACCAACCGGGUGCGGCCGGCACAGCGUACCAACCGGGUGCGGCCGGCACAGCGUACCAACCGGGUGCGGCCGGCACAGCGUACCAACCGGGUGCGGCCGGCACAGCGUACCAACCGGGUGCGGCCGGCACAGCGUACCAACCGGGUGCGGCCGGCACAGCGUACCAACCGGGUGCGGCCGGCACAGCGUACCAACCGGGUGCGGCCGGCACAGCGUACCAACCGGGUGCGGCCGGCACAGCGUACCAACCGGGUGCGGCCGGCACAGCGUACCAACCGGGUGCGGCCGGCACAGCGUACCAACCGGGUGCGGCCGGCACAGCGUACCAACCGGGUGCGGCCGGCACAGCGUACCAACCGGGUGCGGCCGGCACAGCGUACCAACCGGGUGCGGGGCCGGCACAGCGUACCAACCGGGGUGCGGCCGGCACAGCGUACCAACCGGGUGCGGCCGGGCACAGCGUACCAACCGGGUGCGGCCGGCACAGCGUACCAACCGGGUGCGGCCGGCACAGCGUACCAACCGGGUGCGGCCGGGUGCGGCCGGCACAGCGUACCGGUGCGGCCGGCAACAACCCGGGUGCGGCCGGCACAGCGUACCAACCGGGUGCGGCCGGCACAGCGUACCAACCGGGUGCGGCCGGCACAGCGUACCAACCGGGUGCGGCCGGCACAGCGUACCAACCGGGUGCGGCCGGCACAGCGUACCAACCGGGUGCGGCCGGCACAGCGUACCAACCGGGUGCGGCCGGCACAGCGUACCAACCGGGUGCGGCCGGCACAGCGUACCAACCGGGUGCGGCCGGCACAGCGUACCAACCGGGUGCGGCCGGCACAGCGUACCAACCGGGUGCGGCCGGCACAGCGUACCAACCGGGUGCGGCCGGCACAGCGUACCAACCGGGUGCGGCCGGCACAGCGUACCAACCGGGUGCGGCCGGCACAGCGUACCAACCGGGUGCGGCCGGCACAGCGUACCAACCGGGUGCGGCCGGCACAGCGUACCAACCGGGUGCGCCGGCACAGCAGCGUACCAACCGGGUGCGGCCGGCACAGCGUACCAACCGGGUGCGGCCGGCACAGCGUACCAACCGGGUGCGGCCGGCACAGCGUACCAACCGGGUGCGGCCGGCACAGCGUACCAACCGGGUGCGGCCGGCACAGCGUACAGCAACCGGGUGCGGCCGGCACAGCGUACCAACAGCGGGUGCGGCCGGCACAGCGUACCAACCGGGUGUGCCGGCACAGCGUACCAACCGGGUGCGGCCGCACAGCGUACCACCGGGUGCGGCCGGCACAGCGUACCAACCGGGUGCUGGCCGGCACAGCGUACCAACCGGGUGCGGCCGGCACAGCGUACCAACCGGGUGCGGCCGGCACAGCGUACCAACCGGGUGCGGCCGGCACAGCGUACCAACCGGGUGCGGCCGGCACAGCGUACCAACCGGGUGCGGCCGGCACAGCGUACCAACCUGGUGUGGCCGGCACAGUGUACCAAACCGGGUGCGGCCGGCACAGCGUACCAACGGGUGCGGCCGCACAGCGUACCAACCGGGUGCCGGCCGGCACAGCGUUACCAACCGG